GUUGCCGACUUCCUACUACCAUUGCAUUUAUUCUCAAAGUUCUUCAUUCUGUUUACUUUUAACACUCAGUCAAUCUAAAACCAAUUUCUCAUUUACUUAUCUUUUCAACUCUUUCUUUUACCAAAAAAUGGCUGAUGCGUUGAUCGGAGUUGUGUUUGAUAACUUGAAGUCUCUCCUACAAAAUGAAUUUGCAACCAUUUCUGGAAUCAAGUCAAAGGCUCAAAAGCUGUCAGACACCUUAGAUAUGAUCAAAGCCGUUCUUGAAGAUGCUGAGAAGAAACAAGUCACAGACUGCUCUAUUAAGGUAUGGCUGCAACAACUCAAAGAUGUUGUUUAUGUGCUCGAUGAUAUCCUUGAUGAGUGCUCGAUCAAGUCUAGUCGACUGAGAGGAUUAACCUCUCUCAAGUUUCGCCAUGAGAUCGGUAACAGGUUGGAAGAGAUUAACGGGAGGUUGGAUGAUAUUGCUGAUAGGAGGAAGAAGUUUUUUCUGCAGGAAGGUACUGGAACUGUUCGGGAAAGCCCAAAUGACGUAGCUGAAUGGCGUCAAACCAGCGCUAUUAUUACUGAACCAAAAGUGUUUGGACGAGAAGACGAUAAAAAGAAGAUUAUCCAGUUUCUUCUCACCCAAGCAAAGGACUCCGACUUCCUUUCCAUCUAUCCCGUUUUUGGGUUAGGUGGUCUUGGAAAAACCACUCUUCUUCAAUCGGUCUACAAUGAUGUUACCGUGAGUAGCAAUUUUAAUACUAAAGUUUGGGUUUGUGUUUCUGAGAAUUUCUCUGUCAACAGGAUUUUGUGUUCCAUUAUACAAUUUAUCACAGAAAAGAAGUAUGAUGGCUUUGAUUUAAAUGUAACACAGAAAAAGGUGCAGGAAUUGUUACAAGGUAAAAUAUAUUUGCUAGUUUUGGAUGAUGUGUGGAAUCAAAAUGAACAAUUGGAAUCAGGGUUAACACGAGAGAAAUGGAACACAUUGAAAUCUGUGUUGUCAUGUGGAUCCAAAGGUAGUUCCAUUUUAGUAUCCACUCGUGAUGAGGUUGUUGCAACAAUCACAAAAACAAGGGAAACUCACCGUUUAUCUGGUCUCUCCGAGGAUGAAUGUUGGUUGUUGUUCAAACAAUAUGCAUUUGGACAUUAUAGAGAAGAGAGUACAAAGCUUGUGAAAAUAGGAAAGGAGAUUGUAAAGAAAUGUAAUGGAUUGCCUCUUGCAGCGAAAGCAUUGGGAGGUUUAAUGAGCUCAAGGAAUGAAGAAGAGGAAUGGCUUGAAAUUAAAGAUAGCGAGCUUUGGGCCUUGCCACAAGAAAUUUUGCCUGCUUUGAGGUUGAGUUACUUUUAUUUAACACCAACUCUAAAACAAUGUUUCUCUUUUUGUGCUAUAUUUCCCAAAGAUGGAGAAAUCCUGAAGGAAGAAUUGAUUCAGCUCUGAAUGGCUAAUGGAUUUAUUGCAAAGAGGAAAUUAGAGGUUGAAGAUGUUGGAAACAUGGUUUGGAAGGAAUUGUACCAAAAAUCAUUUUUUCAAGACAGCAAAAUGGAUGAAUAUUCUGGAGACAUUUCUUUCAAGAUGCAUGAUCUUGUCCAUGAUCUCGCUCAAUCAGUAAUGGGGCCAGAAUGUAUGUAUUUGGAGAACAAAAACAUGACCAGUUUGUCAAAAAGCACACACCACAUUGGUUUUGACUACAAAGACUUGUUAUCCUUUGAUAAGAAUGCUUUCAAAAAAGUUGAAUCCUUGAGAACAUUGUUUCAGUUGAGUUAUUAUGCCAAAAAAAAACAUGAUAACUUCCCAACAUACCUUUCUCUUCGGGUUUUAUGCACAUCCUUUAUCCGGAUGCCAUCACUAGGGAGUUUAAUUCAUUUAAGGUAUUUGGAACUUCGUUCUCUUGACAUCAAAAAUUUGCCUGACUCAAUUUACAACCUAAAAAAGCUGGAAAUCUUGAAAAUAAAACAUUGUCGUAAACUGAGUUGUCUCCCAAAACACUUGGCUUGCUUACAAAAUCUUAGACAUAUAGUCAUUAAAGAAUGUCGGUCUUUGUCUCUCAUGUUUCCUAACAUUGGAAAAUUAACUUGUCUAAGAACAUUAAGUGUGUAUAUUGUUAGUUUAGAGAAAGGGAAUAGCUUGACAGAGUUACGUGAUCUAAACCUCGGUGGAAAACUGAGUAUCCAACACUUAAACAAUGUUGGCAGUUUAUCUGAAGCUGAAGCGGCUAAUUUGAUGGGUAAAAAAGACCUUCAUGAAUUAUGCUUGUCAUGGAUAUCCCAACAUGAAUCUAUAAUUAGUGCUGAGCAAGUACUUGAAGUGCUUCAACCUCACUCAAAUCUCAAGUGCUUGAAAAUAAGUUUCUAUGAGGGAUUAUCCUUACCAAGUUGGAUAAUUCUUCUUAGUAAUUUAAUUUCUCUUGAACUUCGGAAUUGCAACAAAAUUGUGCGGCUUCCGUUACUUGGUAAACUACCAUAUCUAAAAAAACUGGAAUUAUUCGAAAUGGAUAAUCUGAAAUACUUGGAUGAUGAUGAAUCUGAGGAUGGUAUGGAGGUGAGGGUUUUCCCAUCUCUAGAGGUACUCCAAUUAUCUUGUCUACCAAACAUAGAGGGGUUAUUGAAAGUGGAAAGAGGGGAGAUGUUUCCUUGUCUUUCUAGUUUGGAUAUCUGGAAAUGCCCUAAACUUGGACUGCCAUGUCUUCCAUCUCUUAAAGACCUCUUUGUAUGGGAAUGUAACAAUGAGUUACUGAGGUCAAUCUCUACCUUCCGUGGUCUUACUCAGCUUAAACUAAUUCACGGUUUCGGAAUAACAUCCUUCCCAGAGGGGAUGUUCAAAAACCUUACUUCUCUUCAAUCUCUGUCUGUAAAUAGUUUCCCACAAUUGGAGUCCUUACCAGAGACAAAUUGGGAAGGUCUUCAAUCCCUUCGAUUUCUAAAGAUUCAUAGAUGUGAAGGAUUGCGAUGCUUGCCGGAGGGUAUUCGACACCUCACUUCUCUUGAGGUUUUGAAUAUUUAUAAAUGUCCAACAUUAGAGGAACGAUGCAAAGAGGGAACAGGGGAGGAUUGGGACAAGAUAGCUCAUAUUCCAAAAAGAGUGAUUUUUUAGAAUGAAGAAGGGCAGAGACGUUUACCCUUAUCUGCCUCAAUCACCAUCGCAAAAAUCAAUUUUACUGGCUUUUCUGUUGAGUUCUUUUGAACGCAUCCCCCAAAAGAUAUAUGUUCUAAUAUUCUAAUUCAGGAUUGCUUUCGACACACAGGGAUGGGGUCGACAGAUAAAUGGAUUAACCGGAACAAACGUACCUAAUGAUGAAGAGAACAUCUUUUGGAGUGGAGGAGGUGACAACGAGUCCAGUCGUGGCAUCGAGGAUUGCGAUUUUGAUUAUCAGGGUGUGGGUAGGAGCUCAAUGCCCAUUAGCGAGUCUGAUCAUCAAGGAUCUAUGAUAGUUUGUAAAAUAGCAGCAACAGUUCUUGAUAGAGUUCUCUCCUUGGCUUUGCUAAAUGCAAUGAGUGGAGGUUUUCAAUGUUUUCCAGAGAUUUUUAAGGAAUAUUGACGGGUGUCGAUGCAUGCACCAAACUCUUUGGCCAACCUGUGAAGGAUUAAACUUUUUCUUGGUUGCAUAUUUGAUCUCUAGGAAUCACUUGCUUUCUCAGUUUCUAUGUGUAAUGUCUAUGGGUAAAAUUAUCAUCGACAGAACAGCAACUCCAGCAUUUUGUCACAGGCAACCUAUUAUGCUGUGUUUGUUAAUGUUACAAAUAAAAAUUCUUGGUUCAUGCUAUUAGCCAGACAUGUUGUGGAAAAUAUGGAGAAGAUCUACAAAGAAAGUUUUUACGAUUUCUGAAGUUCCCCAUGAGUUGAUUGAGCUUCUACAAAAUACAACACAAUUAUGCAUUUAUUUGAAACUUCAUUCUGCGAUUUUGGUAAAAGUUCACUUGACUCCGUAUCUCAAAAUAUUCAGCUUUUCGUGGAUGAUCCAGAUGUUUGAUCACGUAAAGGCGAUGAUGGUCUUUCAUGUAUGAGAUGUUUAUGGAAGAGUUGGCAUUUCAAGUUUAAUCAGCCUAAACACCAAUAUUCAGAAUUGGCGAUUUUCUUAAGCAUAUUUUUGGAGUAAAGUUUGCUGCAGAAGUUUUCAAUUUCAGUUAACUGAUAGAUCUUUGCCUGUAAUGGUUGUAGAAGAUUGAGAUGCUUUCCUUAGGGUACUCGAAACCACACCUCACUUCUCUCGAGGUUCUGAAUAUUCAUCAUUCUCCAACAUUAAAGGAGCGAUGCAAGAAGGAGACAUGGGAGGAUCGGGACAAGAUAUCUCAUAUUCCGGAAUUACGCAGUUGAUUUGGUGUUUCUGCUUCUGGCUUGCCACAUUUCCACCUGAAUUGUCUCUUUGUAGGAUAUGCCUCUCAUGUCUCUUGACUUUGGUUUCCUUGUUAUGCGACUUUAUCUUUUGGCUAUCAUAGGCUUUUGUUGAAUUCGUUGGAACCCUUUCCGAAGAAUGAGUACUGGAGAGCAUGAAAGAUCUUUCAUUGUUAAACCUUAGGGGAAAUAUACAAAUAAUCGCGCAGAUGACAAAGAACUGUAUGAUGAAAGCCAAGCUUCCGGAUAUUUACUUCAAAUACGUUGAAAGGUCAAUCGAACAAAUUCUGCUAUAGUUGUCGGGAAAUUGUUAGAUGAUGAAUACUUUGAGCUCAUUCUCUUGUUCCCAUUGAACCAUUGGUUAAAGAAUGUGAGAAGAGCUAAUUUUCUCUCUUCCCUGCAUGUGCUGGAAUCACUUGCUUAUUACACUGUUGUUGGAACAUAUAUUGAGUGAGGGAAGCAAAGACAUUAGUUGAUUGAGCUUCUUCAACAGAUAGUGCUGCACAGUUCUCCCUUUGGUUGAAGCUUCAAUUUGCUUUCUUAUGUAAAUUAAGUUAUAAGAUAGCAACUUUUUGUCAGAAAAUUCUGCUCUAUAUAUUAACAUGAAACAAUUUACUUUCAUUCACAUGAUGUAUCGGAGUUUACAGUCUCAUUAUUGUUUCAAUUAUUGUUAGUUAACCAUUUAUGUAUUUGGAUUUACACUGUAAUUUACUUUCGUUCACAUGA